AUGAACAUUGAGGCUGCUGCACUUCUUGGUGGGGCCCAGAGAGAUCGCAAAUGCUGCAUCGAUGUGUGGCAGAGGCCAUUAGGGCGGUCGGUGGCGAAGAUCAAAGACACCAUUCAAAAGAUUAGGGUAUGGUGGGGAAUAUUUGACACUGUUGAGGAAGCAGCAAGGGCCUACAAUGAGGCGGUUUGCUUGCUUCGUGGAUCCAACACUCUACCGGGAGAUAAUAAAUGUACCGGUACUGAUCAUCAUCAACAAGCUAGUAUUGAUGAGCGCGAAAUGGGAGAAGAAUACAUUGAUGUUGGGAUCGUGGAUUUCCAUUUCAUGGAUGAUGUUAGAUCUUCUUGUUGCUAUUAUUUGCCAUUUGAGAUCGCAAAAGAGAUGGUGGACGAGCAGGAGAGUUAUGGUGGGGAAGAGGAGGAGCCAUUUGGGCUAACCGAAGCCAUGAAGAGGAUGAAGUAUGAGCAUAAAUUCUUGUGA